CUGGCAACUCCGCGAGCAGUCAGACUUCUGUCAGCCCGUCAGGAAACAGACUGGCAGUCUUCUGUCACCCGCGGAAAUGUUUAAAACAGACGAACUAAAAGCUUUGGUCAGUGAGCGAUUGACAGCCGCUGCUGAGGAAAUAUUCAGCAUCUUUGAAAAAAGUAUUAAGGAAUAUGAGGAGAUCGUUUUUCUUUCAAAGCAGGAGAUCAAGCAUCAGCGACAACUGGCCGGGUGGAAAGCCCCCUUGCAGCUCUCUGUCCAGAAAGAGGAAACUCCCUCUGAGCAGGAUCACUGUGAGAAGAAGACAGAGCUGAGCGAGAAUGACCGGGAGCCCCCGCAGAUUAAACAAGAACAGGAGGAGAAACCGUUGACAGCUCAGACAGGUGAAAAGCCGGAAGACCCUGAUACUAAAGACUCUGUGUUCAAUAUAAUUUAUGUACAACGAAGUGAUGAAGAUGCAAGACUGUUUCCACAUCAAAACCAAGACGUUGAAAAUGAAGGAGACUGUUUGCCCAGCAACUCAUCUGAACAGUUUAAAUCAGAGCCUGAUAAAGAAGAAGGCUGUUGUGCAUCAGAGCCAGCCAGCGACUGUCAGAUGAGUGACGUGAGUGAUGAUGAAUGGAGAGACAGUGGAGGAUUUCACUCGGGGCUAAACAGGAAGAAACCACGGCAAGCUGGUGAGACCGCAGACAGGCCGCACACGUGCAGUAUUUGCAACAAGAAUUUCAGGAUCAAAUCCAUUCUGACCCGCCACAUGAAGACACACACGGGAGAGAAACCUUACAGCUGCAGUGUCUGUGGUAAAAGCUUCAUCCAGCGCUCCUAUCUGCAGACUCACAUGAACUCUCACUCUGGGCAGAAACCGUACACGUGUAGUUUCUGUGGCAAAGGGUUCACGCAGUGUGGAAACAUGAACACCCACAAACGAAUCCACACGGGAGAGAAACCUCACAGAUGUACUGACUGUGGUAAAAGCUUCAGAGAGAAAGGUGAUCUUAUCAAGCACACAAUAAUUCACACUGGCGAGAAACCCUACAUUUGCACUGUAUGUAAUAUGAAAUUCAGCGCUCAGUCUAAUCUGACGCGCCACAUGAAGACUCAUUCAGGGGAGAGGCCGUAUAGUUGCACUGCUUGUGGGAAAAGAUUCAUUCGCCGCUCCCAUUUAAUCAUUCACAUGAAGACUCACGCAGGAGAGAAUCUCUAGACUUGAGAUUUGCUCCAUGGUAUGUAAAAUGUAUGAAUGAACCAAACCUUGGACAAACCAGUGUCUCUAUAAGUUGUUGCUAUAUAGUUUUGUAGUAUAGAAUAAAGUAAACAGCAAGUUGUAAUAUUG